GUUCGUUUCACUGUUCUGAAUAUGUUCUGCACAAGUUCCGGACAGACGUCCAAACAAAUGAAUCAGAACAGGAAGUAGAUUAAACAAUAUGGCGACGCUGAAAUGGAUGUGUAUACAACUGCUGCAGGAGUUUCUUGACGAUGACGACAACAAUGACGAUGUAAUGGCAACUGCCAUGAUGGUAGACAUUAUACAAACUUACACAAGAGAACCCAAAAGUAGAAUUAAAAACUAUUGUGAGGAUGUGGUCUCAAAGUACUCAGAUACCGACUUCAAGAGGAUGUUUAGACUUUCUCGUCCUACUUUCGAUACAGUAAAAGGCUUUUUGCAGAAUUGCCCGGAACUCGGUGUGGAGGGAACCGGAGGGAGAGAACCAAUAUCAGUUGAAAAACAACUAUACGUCACAUUGUGGUACCUGGGUGGAUUGGACAGUAUUAUAAGAAUAGCGGACAGAUUUGGAAUAGCUGAAUCCUCAGUUAUUGUAUGCAGAAAUCGGAUUAUUGACACUAUUUUGAACAAUUUGAAGUCAAAGUUUAUCAUCUGGCCACAUGCCGAAGUGCUUGAACAAACCAUUGACAAGUUUCAUCAACGAAAUGGAUUUCCUGGAAUUAUUGGGGCACUGGAUGGCACUCAUAUUUCUAUAAAAGCACCAACUGAAAAUCCUCAGUCUUACGUUAAUAGGAAAGGCUAUCUAUUCCUUACAGCUACAAGCAGUCUGCGACUCUGAUAUGAAGUUUUUGAACUGUUACUGUGGAUUUGCAGGAAGUUGUCACGAUGCCCGUGUCUUAAGGAAUUCCGAUUUGUGGAGCUGUGGCUUAGAGGUCUGUAAUGGAAACCAUAUCAUUGCUGACGGAGCGUACCCCGUACGACGAUGGCUAAUGACGCCUUAUCGUGACAAUGGGCAUUUGUCGCAAGAACAGAAACAUUUUAAUCACCUGCUUUCUGCCAACAGAGUGGUCAUUGAAAGAGCG